AUGGCGUCCCGGCCUGUGUCUUUCCCCGCCUCGGGACAGCCAAAUCCAACAGAUGACGAGAUGUUCAGCAACUUCAACCUCAGAGGAGGAGAUGGCUCACAUAAUGUUAACGGCAGCAGGCUACAAGCCCGAUCACGGAGGAGAAGGGAUUCUACAGCAUCGGCAUCACCUCAGCCAAAUGGCCAAGGCAGUUCCGAAUUCCAGCCUGGUGCCAUUGUUCGCGUCAAACUCAAGGACUUCGUCACCUACAACGAGGCCGAGUUUUUCCUUGGUCCGAGUUUGAACAUGGUCAUUGGGCCCAACGGCACCGGCAAGAGCUCGCUUGUCUGUGCUAUUUGCUUGGGACUAGGCUUCCCUUCCAACGUCUUGGGCCGCGCCACUGCUUACGGAGAGUAUGUGAAGCACGGACAGGACGAAGCUACUAUUGAGGUGGAACUCCAAGGGGAAUCCGGAGAAGACAACUACGUUGUCGGUCUUCUUAUCACCCGAGAGACUAACAGCCGCGAUUUCACCAUCAACGGUAGGAAAGCCACUCACAAGGAGGUGCACCGACUGAUGAGUAGGCUACGCAUCCAAAUCGACAAUCUGUGCCAAUUCUUGCCCCAGGAAAAGGUGGCCGAGUUUGCUGGCCUCACUCCGGUCGAGCUGCUGGAGAAGACUCUGCAAGCCGCCGCACCGGAAGAAAUGAUCGCAUGGCAGAGCGAACUGAAAGACCACUACAAAGUCCAAGCAGAAGCCCAGCGCAGUGCCGACGAGGGCGGCAAGGAGAUCAAGAGACUGGAAGAGCGACAAGCAGCUCUGCAGGCAGAUGUCGAGAGGCUUCGGGAAAAAGAACAGUACGAGGCCGCCAUUGCCAAACUCCAAAAGCUGAAGCUUGUGGUCGCCUACAACGAGGCUCGUGAACAAUUUUCCGUGGAAAAGCAGAAGAAGAAGGAUGCGGAACGCCGUCUAAAACGACUCCAGCGAGAUUCUGCUCCAUCCUUGGAGGCGGUGAAUAAAAAGCAGGAAUACGUGGAGGGGGUUAAAGCCGCUGUCGGAACCAGGACAGCUAGGCUCAGAGACGCCGAAAAAAAUGCCGACAAUGCUGUCAGAGGAAUUGAGGCGGCCGAGAGCAAAGUCAGGAACCUCGCUGGUCAGCUUGAAGCGGAGCAAGGCGCGUUUGCUGCCAGAAGACAAGAAGUUGGCAAGAUCCGUAGGAGAAUCACGGAAUUGGAAGCCAAGUACGCACAAAACCCUAGGGAAUUUGAUCCAGCCGAAUGGAACAGGCGGAUUCGAGAGCAAGAGCAUAAGAUUCGCGAUAAGGAUCAGGAACUCGCGGAACUAAAUGAAAAGUGGGCGACCGUAAAAAUUCAAGGGAAAGAAAACCAGAAGACAGUGCGGACGGCCCAGGCGAAAAUCGACGCUCUCGAUUCCCACCAAGGCCAGUUACUCAGCUACCUGCAACAGAUCAACCGCGACGCUGCCCAGGCUUGGGAAUGGCUCCAGGAGCCUGAGAACCAGAAGCUUUUUGAGAAGGAGGUAUUCGGGCCCCCAAUGCUGACCUGCUCUGUCAAGGAACCUCGUUAUUCCGACCUUAUACAAGCAUUUCUGCAGGAUAGUGAUUUUUUGUGUUUCACGGCACAGACCAAAAAUGAUCACAGUACGCUCAGCACUCAGUUGUAUGACGUUAAGGGGCUUUCCGUCAAUAUUCGCACCUGUUUUGCCGACAUCAACUCGUUCAGGCGGCCUACAUCGCAGGAAGAACUCAACGCGCUCGGUCUUGACGGAUUCGCCAUUGACUAUCUUGAUGGUCCAGACCCAGUACUGGCCAUGUUGUGCGCCGAGAAGAGACUUAACAGCACUGCAGUUGGACUUGCCGAUAUUUCGGAAGAACAAUACAACAGCAUCAUUUCGGACGGCCGCAUCCGCUACUUUGCCGGCGGAAAGCAAUUCUACACAAGCACCCGCCGUGUAGAAUAUGGCGCUAAUGCCGUCUCAACUCGCGUUCAGCAGGUCCGUGGCGGCAAGUUUUGGAAAGACACGCCGGUGGAUGACUCCGUGAAGAGGGAGUUGCAGCGUCAGAUGGUUGAAGCUGUCGGCCAGCUCCAAGAAUUGAAACAGGAAAAUACCAGAUUGGUAGAGCUCAUGGAUGCGUUGCGUGCAGAGGUCGCAAAGAUGAGGGAUGAUGUUGAGCAAGUACGAGCCCAGAAAAACGAGCUACAAAGGGAACACAGUAUAUGGCAAGCUCUCCCCGACAAGAUCGAAUCGGAGAAGAGGUCCGAGCAGGACAAGAUACAGGAGCUUGUUGAGGCUCGGCGCCAGAUGGCCGAUCUCCAAAAGCAGCACGAUCGCGCUGUUCUCCAAAUGGCCGAAGCCGUUCUACAGCAUCAGGCGAAACUUUCAAACAUCCGAGAGGCUUAUCAGGCGCUCCAGGAGGCAAAGGUGCUUCUUAUCGAAGCCCAGUCGGACUUUGAAGUGCUGAAGGACAAGAACGUCGAGAUAAUCAAGAACCUCAAGGAUGAGGAAGAAGCCUUGGCGGAAAUCACACAGCAAAUGGCCCAGAUACGUCAGUGGGCCAUCGAUGCGAAGGCGGCCGCCGAAGAUGCUCUCACCGACGAGGAAAGGAGAGAGGGGGAGUACUCUGCUCUGGCGAAGGCCACGACUCUAGAGCAGGUUGAGAGUGAUCUUAGGGCGCAGGAGACCUUGGCAGAAGGCAUCGAGGCUAACAAUCCCCAUGCGCUGAGAGAAUACCAGGACUGGGCCCAGAAAAUCGAGCGCCAGAAAGCCAUCCAUGAUCGCUGCACAGCGCAGCUCGCCGACGUCAACGCCAAAAUUGAAACCAUCAGGAGCCAGUGGGAGCCCAGGCUCGAUGAGCUUGUCAGCAGGAUCAACGAUGCGUUCUCGUACAACUUUGAACAAAUCAGCUGCGCGGGAGAAGUUGGCGUCCAUAAGGACGAGGAUUUCGACAAGUGGGCCAUCGAAAUCAAGGUCCGCUUCAGAGCUGGCGAAGCCCUCCAACGUCUCGAUCAACACCGUCAAUCCGGCGGCGAGCGCGCCGUUUCCACGAUCUUCUAUCUCAUGUCCCUGCAAUCCAUGGCCCAAGCCCCCUUCCGCGUCGUCGACGAGAUCAACCAGGGUAUGGACCCCCGCAACGAGCGCAUGGUGCACGAGCGCAUGGUCGAGAUCGCCUGCCGCGAGCAUACAUCCCAAUACUUCCUCAUCACACCCAAGCUGCUGUCCGGGCUCAGGUACGAUAAGCGCAUGAGGGUGCAUACCAUCAUCUCUGGCGAGCACGUCGACCCCCAGGGAACAGUCAAGAUGAACUUUAGCAAGUUCGCGGAGAUCCAGAGGGGGUUGUUGAACAGGACGAUUCCGUUUGCGAGCCAGAUGGUGAGGGAGGAGUCCUCGCAGGUUUCUUCCACGGUGGAUGCUUCGCAGGCUUAG